AGGAAGAACCUGGGAGGGGGGCGCUUUGGGAAAAGUGUGACUUUUAGAAUUAUACCUUCCAAAACUCAUUGUCAUCCCGCGUCCCUUCCCCCGCACCCAUCGUAAAUCGCGCCUAUAAAUAACUGGACAGAGACAGAAGGGAUCCCAGCUGGCCUGGCGGCGGCUGCUGCUACUAUCACUCCCCAGCAGACGUGGGUCCGAUGCGGGCAGCAGCGCCAGGGUGGGCCACCCGCGCCCACGAUACGCCCAGCGACUGCUCUCUCUCGGCAGCCUGCCUGCUCCAGGCUGAGCUGGUAAACUAUGAACGAGUCAAGGAGUAUUGCCUCAAAGUCUUGAAGAAGGAAGGGGAGAACUUCAAGGCUCUUUACCGGUCUGGUGUGGCCUUCUACCACCUUGGGGACUAUGACAAAGCACUCUACUACCUGAAAGAAGCAAGGACCCGACAGCCAACAGACACCAACGUGAUUCGGUAUAUCCAGCUGACGGAGAUGAAGCUCAGCAGAUGCUCCCAGAGAGAGAAGGAAGCCAUUUAACUACAACACCUCUCUAGACUUGCACUUGCGCCCGACCCUGGACUUGUAGGCAUCCCCUGGCAGAGAGCCCCUCCCUGGGUUCUGGUCCUUUCUCCCAACUCCUUCCACCAGCCCCCCUUCCCCCUCCCCCCCACCCUUCCAUCUCUUCUUCCUGUUGCCCCUCAACUAUUGUCUACUCCCAGUGUGAAAAGAAGGAGAUGAAAAUUUGGAAUCUGGUGGGUUGCCCUGACAAUGGAGAUAUCUUCUUCUCUAGCGGGUCAGCCACUGAGAGGGACCUGAGCUCUGUGGGGACAGCCGGGGAGGACUCUCACAGACCAGGAAUGCCUGGGUUGCUGACAGAGGCAGAUCCUGACGGUUUACCAUCCCAAAGGCAGUACGCAUGGAACCCAUGGCUGGACCCUGCACACCUUUCUGACAGACCAGAGCAUCUCAAGGCAAUUGUGACAGAUCCAGGAUUGAGACAAACACCAGGAGCUCUGGUUAAGGCAGGAGAGAGACCGUGAACUUGUACACUGGAUUUCCCCACCUCUACCCCCAGUAGCCUCCGCCCCUGCCUCUCUUCCUUGUCUUGGCUUGUGCUUUCUUCUCUUGCCCUUGGGGAUCUGAGACUGUGCCAGGAUUCACAUGCCAUUGACACCCACUCUCAGUGCCCUCUGGUGACCACACAUACCAUCCUCCCAUCCCCCCAGCAGGCAGCUGUGACAGCAGAAGGGCAGGGUCAAGUGGGCCAAGGGUUGACCACUAAGGGGAUGUGGGGAGGGAGAGGUGACGUCCAGGGGAGAGAGCAUUGUAUAGACUGGGCUACUCAUUAAGUGUAAAUAAAAAUAAAUUAACAGGCAGAAACUCCUGUCAUUUCUGUUGGAAGCAGCCCACUCCCCCACUGUUACUCCCUCCCCCAGCGAACUCACUCAGAGCUACUUCCAGCCAGGCAGGAUGGGGCUUCCCCAAAGGCCAUUUGUUCCCUGGUCUACAGCAUUGGCUGCCUCCUCUGUGUGUUAGAGUAGGCUGGGUUGGGGAUUCUGCCCAGGGAGUUGGCUUUGUGGGACUUUGUGGGACUUGUACAGCCUCUUUGAUGACAUUAGCUGGACUCAAUAUCUAGCACAGAGAAUGUGUUCAACAAAUAUUUGUUGAAUGAAUAAAUUAUGACUGCAGACUGGCUCUCCUGCCUUAAACUAAUUUUAUCCCAGCCUAGUCUCCUGAUAUCUAUGCUCUUCAUGCCAUGUUGCUUCAGUCAAAUAAGAAACAUUUCCUGAGGGCUUCUUGUUUGCCUACCAUUGUGCAAUAUGCUGUGGGACAUAGGACGUGGUCCUAUGGAAGAGUUCAGAAAUACUCGUGUGAGAUUAUUACCAAUGACACCUUUCAUUUAUAUGAUGCUUUAAAUUUUUCAAAGCACUUUCAUGUAUCUUCCGUGUGAUUAGUGAAAGAAACAGUAUUGUACAAAUUAAAAUAUAUACAGAUGCAAUAAUGUUCAUAGUUAGCAUUUAUUAAAUGCACUAUCCUCA